AUGUCCCAAGACCAGAAGUCACUCAUCAACUCCAAUUCUCAAGGAGCUAGCGUUCGCUUGGAUCGGCUCGAGGAGGUAUUAAUGCGCCUGAAAGCCCAGCUUACUGCAGUUACCACUAACGGCCCGCGGCGAACACCAAACCGUCGCCCUACUUCCUCCGUUUCCCACUCCCGCCGUCCACAAUCUCCAAGUAGCGUCUGCUGGUAUCACCAACAAUUUGGGGGAGCAGCUCGACGAUGUCUUCAGCCAUGCUCUUUCAAGGCAUCUCUAACGGCUUCAGGGAGACGAUCGCACCCGACAGUAGAGGCCACUGCUGCUGGAAGCGUUGUCAAUAUUCACACUCGCCGUUUGUUUCUCUGGGACCGUAUCGCUGGCGCCAAAUUCCUUGUCGAAUCUGGUGCCGAGGUUAGCGUGGUUCCACCAACUCCGGUCGAACGCAAACACCGCAACUCUUUUUGUCUAACAGCUACCAACAACUCCAGCAUCCCCACCUUUGGACAGCGCUACAUCACACUCGAUUUGGGCCUCCAUCGGAUUUUCCGAUGGGUUUUCAUUAUUGCCGACGUUUCCGUCGCCCUCAUAGGCGCCGAUUUCCUAACUCACUUCAAUCUACUAGUUGAUUUGAGGAAUCACCGACUCGUCGAUUGCAUCACCAGCCUUCAUGCCCGUUGUCAAUCCGAUGUGAACCCCUGCGUCAGCCCUCUUACUGUUAUGCCCAUUUUUGACUGUCUUUUCCACUCACUCCUCAGGCAGUUUUUCCGCCUGACCAACCCCUCAUUUCGAGAAGUGGACAUCAGGCACACAGUCACCCACCAUAUUUCCAUCACCGGACCUCCCAAAGCUUGCCGACCACGCCGUCUUGCUUCGGACCGUUUGAAGAUUGCCAAGGCAGAGUUCGAACACAUGCUUGAGCUCGGCAUUAUCCGACAGUCCGACAGCUGCUGGGCAUCGCCCCUCCACCUUGUCCCAAAGAAGAGCGGCGACUGGCGACCGUGUGGUGAUUAUUGGGCGUUAAACUCAGUGACUGUCCCCGACCAGUAUCCCGUCCCGCACAUUCAAGACUUCACUCUUUCGCUGCACGGUAAGCAAAUUUUCUCCAAGAUUGGCCUUUUUCGUGCCUACCACCAAAUCCCAAUCGAGGCCAGUGAUGUGCGGAAAACCGCAGUGACCACUCCUUUUGGGUUAUUCGAAUUCACUCGUAUGCCCUUUGGUCUGAGGAACGCCAGGCAAACCUUUCAGCGAUUCAUUGAUCAGGUUCUUCGAGGUCUCGACUUCGUCUACGCCUACAUUGAUGAUUUGCUAGUGGCUAGUUCUGACGCUGCUGAACAUGAGAUUAAUCUUCGACAGCUCUUCGAACGGCUUGACUCCUUCGGCGUUGUAAUAAAUGCUGUUAAGUGUGAGUUUGGAGUCCCCAACCUUAUCUUUCUUGGUCACGAAGUGAACUCAGAUGGGAUAAAGCCCGUCCAGGAAAAAGUUUCGGCCAUAUCAACGUUCCCAGUCCCAACAACCAUCAACCAACUACGCCGCUUCUUGGGCAUGGUGAACUACUAUCACCGUUUUCUUCCCCAUGGUGCCACCAUUCUGCAGCCACUCAACAGCCUUUUGACCCACUCAAAGAAGACACUGGUGAUGACCGAGGAGGCCGUCAAGUCCUUCAAUGACGUCAAGGCCGCACUUGCGAGCGCAACAAUACUAGCCCACCCCCGCGCUGAUGCCCAACUAACUCUCAUGACAGAUGCUUCCAGCACUGCCGUUGGUGCGUCACUUCAGCAAACUGUUAGUGGUGUUCUACAGCCUCGGGCUUUGUUCUCGAGGAAGCUAAGCCCAGCAGAGACCCGCUAA